GCUCCGGGCCGUAGUAAUGGCGGAGGGUGGGUUGGAGGGUGGAGCAGCGGUAGACAUGCCGGCAGCACACAGUUUAGGUCACACUGCAGAUGGCGCCGAUUCUCCGACCAGCUGCUGCUGUCCCGGUGAUGCAGGCAUAGUGUCACUUGUUCCCAGUGGAGCUCACCCUGCUGCACGAGCACCGGAAGUCUCCGGUUCGAGCAAAAGCACCAUUCCUUUAACCCAAAGGCCGGGAAUCCGACAUCAUAGAUUCGCCCUUACAGUGCCUUUCCCAACCUCUUUGGAGGCAGAAAUAGCCUGUGGGUCCCUAGCUCCUGAUGCCGAACCGCACCGAGGACUGUUGGGGAAAGAGCUUAAAGUGAACGGCUGCAUACUGGAGGUACACUGGAUCUCAGAAGACUCUCGACUCCUCCGAAUUUCCAUCAUGAACUUUCUUGACCAGCUUUCCCUAGUGGUGAACACCAUACGGCGAUUUGGGCCCCCAGUUUCUCGUUAAGCCUGGCUGGGAAAAAGGACUCAGGUCUGACCUUUUGUCCAUACUCUCCUAAGCAGUACAAUUUUCUGGAAAAGAUUCUAGAAAUAGUACCUGCUACUUAAAUGUGGGGCCUAAUAUUUUUUGCCUGCUUGGUCCUCAGGCACUUAGGGGCCACUUGUUUAAUCUGGUGUUUAAAUGUUUGUUGCUGAAGAAAAUAAAGCUGUGCUUCUAAUCUGUA